GGAUUUGUAUCCCAAUCCUGCCUCUUCCAGUCUCCUUCAGCUUAGCUUACGAAGCCAUGGCAGCCGCAAAAUUGAUGGUGACCGACCUUGCUGCCGUCGUUAAACAGGUACCGACCAACUACAUCAGAACUGCCUCGGACCGUCCAAACCUUUCUGAUGUUCAAACUUCCGAUGCCUCCAUUCCUCUGAUCGACCUCCAGGGACUCCACAGUCCUAAUCGCUCUGAUGUCAUCCGCCAGAUUCGCCGAGCAUGCCAGGAGGAUGGUUUUUUUCAGGUCAAGAACCAUGGAGUGCCAGAGGAAAUGGUCAACAACAUGCUACGUUUAGCUAGAGAGUUUUUCCAUUUGCCAGAGAGCGAAAGGCUAAAGAAUUACUCCGAUGACCCUUCCAAGGCAAACAGGCUGUCUACCAGUUUCAAUGUCAAGACUGAGAAGUUUGCCAAUUGGAGAGAUUUCUUGAGACUCCAUUGUUACCCUUUGGAAGACUACGUCCAAGAAUGGCCCACAAAUCCCCCAUGUUUUAGGAAGGAUGUGGCAGAGUAUUGUACGUGUGUUAGAAGGCUAGUGCUGGCACUAAUUGAGGCCAUUUCAGAGAGUCUGGGACUGAAGCGAGAUUACAUUGAUAAGACACUAGGGAAGCAUGGUCAACACAUGGCCUUGAACUACUAUCCACCCUGUCCCCAGCCAGAGCUUACUUAUGGAUUGCCUGGCCACACCGACUCCAGUUUAAUCACAAUUCUUCUGCAAGAUGACAUUCCUGGAUUACAGAUCAUGAGAAAUGGCAAGUGGGUUGCCGUUAAUCCCAUUCCGAAUACCUUCAUUGUCAACAUUGGUGAUCAAAUGCAGGUGAAAAUGAAGAAACGUUUGCUUUUAGAAUUAAAGAUUUUAGACUCGAGUCACAAUAGCAAUAGCAGGAACAAUUAUUCUUUAUUAAAAUCAUAAUAUGACAAUUGAAUGCAAAAAAAGAUAAACGAUUAUGAGUGACAUACACUGGAUAUAAGCUAAAAGUUGUGGGGUUAAUUAAGCUUCGUUUUUCAUUUUUCGGCCACCAAUUAAACUCUUUGACCAUAUUCUAAGUAGUGUUGUUCUUAUCUCUAAGUUUCUACAAUAAGCGAUGCCUUUCCUAAUAAAUUACUAGUCCGACU